UAUUUCAUUUUCAUACCAAAUUCUACAUUGCUUUUCUUUUAGCUUUCAUUUACAUACCAAAUUCUCCAUUUCCACCAUUUUCACACCUUUACUUCUCAGUAGCAGAGUUAAGACUUGAUAGUUGAAAAAAGGCUUAUUACUAAACUAUACUAGCUAUGGAAUUCUUAUCUAUUUUUGUGGAAAAAGUCGCAGGUUGCUUGAUACAGCCAGUUGUGCAAGGGAUUGGGUAUUUAUUUGACUACAAGAGUAACAUCACAUCUAUGGAAAAAGAAUCUGAGAAGUUGAAGAAUAUCAGAAUCACGGUGCAGCGAAGAGCCGAAGAUGCCCGGAGAAACUUACUAGACAUUUCACCCAAUGGCAAGGCUUGGUUAAGUAGUGUGGAUACCACUACUGAACAUGUGGAAGGUGUAAGGCGACGUACAGCUGAGGUUGAAAAGGGUUGCUUUUAUGGUUGGUGUCCAAACUUGAAGUCACGUUACUCCCUCAGCAGGAGAGCUAAGAAAAUUACAGAGGAGUUGACUGAACUUCGAAGUGAAGGCGGUGUAAUCUCCUUUGAUCAACCAGUUCAAUGUGAGGCCAUACCUAAUAACAGUACUGAGGAGUUUGACUCCAGAAAAAUGCAAGAGGAUGAGGUCAUUGCAGCUUUGAAAGAUGACGGGGUCACUAUGAUUGGGAUAUGUGGUAUGGGUGGUGUUGGUAAAACAACACUCGCUGAGAAAAUCAGACAAAAGGCGAAACAAGAAAGGGGUAAUUUCAUAGAUGUCGUCAUGGUAACUGUCAGUCAACAACCAGACUUACAAAGAAUUCAAAGUGAGGUCGCAGGAGGAGUCGGUCUGAUGUUGAAAGGGGACAAUUUCAGGGAUCGCGGUGAUCAGCUGCGUUCAAGGUUAGUGGAUCAUAACAGCCGCGUCCUAGUAAUCUUGGAUGAUGUUUGGGAGGCUCUUCAUGAACUAGAGAAACUUGGAAUUCCAAGUGCAAGCAACCACAAACAUCGUUGCAAAGUGAUAUUGACAACGCGUUACCGAAAUGUUUGUGAAGCAAUGGAAGCUCAGAAGAUCAUGGAAGUUGGAACAUUAUCUGAAGAGGAAGCAUGGUGCCUUUUCAAGCAGAAAGCUGGUGAUAUAGUUGAUGUUCCUUCUAUUCAUGACACAGCAAAAGAGGUUGCCAGAGAAUGCAAGGGGUUGCCGCUUGCAAUUAUUACAGUUGCAGGAGCACUAAAGGGUAAAGACGAGCCUUUGUGGAAGGAUGCCCUUAAACAAUUACGUGAUGCGGAAACAAGAAAUAUCCCUGGAGUGCACACAAAGGUGUAUAAACCUCUGAGGCUAAGCUAUGAUUACUUGGAAAGUGAUGAAGCUAAGUACCUCUUUUUGCUUUGUUCAUUGUUCAAGGAAGACAGUGAUAUUUCGACCGAAAAAUUGCUUAAAUAUGGAAUGGGGCUUCGCAUCUUUUCGAAAAUUAAAAAUAUAGAAGAAGCAAGAGAUAGGGUGUGUAAUCUGUUGGAAACAUUGAAAGAUAGUUUCUUAUUAUCCCAAGGUUCAUACGAAAAUCAUGUCAAAAUGCAUGAUGUGAUCCGUGACGUGGCUAUAAAUAUUGCGUCUGAGGGAGAUCAUAGCUUUAUGGUAAGUCAUGAUGUGAACUCGGUAGAGUUCCCAAGAAUAGAGUUAUACAAGCAGCAACACAGUCACAUGUCAAUUGUUGCAAAGAAAUUUGAUGAGCCUUGUAGCCCAAUAGUUUGCCCAGAACUGAAGCUUCUAAUGUUGAAACUCUGUUUUGAAGAGCCAUUCAAGUUACAUGAUGAUUUUUUUUAUGGAAUGAGUAAACUCAAUGUCUUAAGCCUGAGGGGAUACAGAUUUAAGGAGUCCAUUCUGUCUUUUCCAACAUCCAUGCAGAGGUUGCCAUGUCUGAGGAUGUUGUAUCUGAGUAAAUUAAAGUUGUAUGACAUAUCCAUUAUUGGCGAACUUGUCAAUUUGGAAAUUCUUUGCAUAAGACAUUCUCAAUUAGAGGAGGUGCCAGUGGAGAUAGGAAAAUUGGCCAAUCUAAUUAUGUUAGAGUUUAAGAUUGAGGGUACAACACUUAAAAGGAUUUCAGCAGGUGUCUUAUCAAGACUAGUUCGAUUGGAGGAACUUCAUAUGGUGGGAGUAGAAGAUUGUUGUUACUCCACCCUGAGGGAACUGGAAUCUUUAUCGAAAUUGACUGCACUGACAUUAAGUAAUUGUUCCGGAGAUGUGAUCUACAGUAACUUGCGCUUUCCCUCCAGGUUGACACGGUACACUCUUAAAGUGGGUUAUGCUUACACAAUGACCAUGGGUGAUUACGGAAAGAAUAUUGAGUUAGAGGUCACUGAGACCACCCCAUUGGGUGAUUGGAUCUGCCGCCUGCUGAAGGAAUGCGAAGUUGUACAUUCAUCGGGAAAAGGCUCUAAUAACGUGUUGGCCGAGUUGCAGCUGAAUGAGCUUCAGAACGUGAAAGUUCUCGGCCUCUUUGAUUGUGAUUUAGUGACACAUUUAUUGAAGAUCUGUGGGAGGACACAUGAAGUAAUCAAGUUCCCCAAUUUAAAUGAGUUACAGCUUCGAUCUCUGGAAUGCCUGACUCACUUUUGCAGUGACAAUGUUGAGGGCAUUGAGUUCCCACAGUUAUGGAGAAUGGAAUUCUAUGAGUUACCUGAGUUCCAAAAUUUGUGUCCUACCGCCAACAACUCCAUCACCGACUCAAAUCCUCUUUUCAAUGAAAAGGUUUUUUGUCCCAAACUGACUAAGCUAUACAUCCAAAAACUUGAAAGGAUUAGUGCUCUAUGCUCUCACCAACUUCCAACUGCCUACUUCACCAAACUUAAAUCAUUAGAAGUAUUUGAAUGUGAGAAAUUGAGAAAUUUGAUGUCUCCAUCAGUGGCCAGAGGUGCUUCGAAUCUCCGAAUACUAAAGAUAGGAUAUUGUGAGUCAAUGGAAGAAGUGAUCACAAAAGAGAGAGAACAAGGACAAGGAAUCAUGACCUUAUUUCCUCGACUGGAAGUGUUGGAGCUUGGCAGGCUGCCUCAAUUGGAGCAUUUCUUUCUGACGGAGCAUGCUCUUGAAUUUCCAUUACUCAGAGAAGUGAAGAUUUAUGAUUGUCCUGAAAUGAAUAUGUUUGUCCAACAGGAAAUAUUUAUGAGUACUCCGAAUCUUGAGAGUGUGAACAAUGAUGAUGAGGUGAAAGCAGUUAAUCUCAAUAAAGUCAUGUUCAAUUCUAAGAUUUUUUGUCCCAACUUGGAAAAGCUAUAUAUCAAUACAGCUAACAGCAUAAGUGCUCUAUGUUGUCACCAACUUCCAACUGCCUACUUCAGCAAACUUGUAAAAUUGGAAGUAAAGAGUUGCGAAAAAUUGAGAAACUUGAUGUCUCCAUCAGUGGCCAGAGGUGCUUUGAAUCUCCAAAUACUAAAGAUAGAUGAUUGUCAAUCAAUGGAAGAAGUGAUCACAGAAGAGGAACACCAAGGAGAAGAAAUAACUAGUGAGCCCUUAUUUCCGCUAUUGGAAAAUCUGAAUCUUCGAAGGCUGCCUAAGCUGGGGCAUUUCUUUCUGACGAAGCAUGCUCUUAAAUUUCCAUUUCUCAUAGUAGUGGAAAUUUUUAAGUGCCCUGAAAUGAAGACGUUUGUCCAACAGGGAGUAUAUAUGGGUACAAUGAGUCUCAAAAGUGUGAACAAUGAUGAUGAGGUGAAAGUAGUUGAUCUCAAUAACGCAAUGUUCAAUUCUAAGGUUUCUUGUCCCAACCUGGAACUGCUAUACAUCACUGAAGUUGAAAGCAUAAGUGCUCUAUGCUCUCACCAACUUCCAACUGACUACUUCACCAAACUUAAAACAUUGUAUGUAUCUAAUUGUGGAAAAUUGAGAAACUUGAUGUCUCCAUCAGUGGCCAGAGGUCUUUUGAACCUCCAAACACUACAUAUAGUUUUUUGUGAAUCAAUGGAAGAAGUGAUCACAGAAGAGGAAGAACAAGGAGAAAGAAUCAUGACCUUAUUUCCACUCUUGGAAGAGCUGGAGCUUAGUUGGCUGCCUAAGCUGGGGCAUUUCUUUCUGACGGAGUGUACUCUUGAAUUUCCAUUUCUCAGAAAUGUGACUAUUCGUGGCUGCCCUGGAAUGAAGACGUUUGUCCAACAGGGAAUAUCUCUGAGUACACCGAGUCUUAAAAUGGUGAACAAGGAUAAUAAAGUGAAAGUAGAUGAUAAAGCAAUAUUCAAUUCUAAGGUUUCUUGUCCCAAUCUGACUGAGCUAUACAUCCAAAACCUUGAAAGGAUUAGUGCUCUAUGCUCUCACCAACUUCCAACUGCCUACUUCACCAAACUUGAAUCAUUGACGGUAUUUGAAUGUGAGAAAUUGAGAAAUCUGAUGUCUCCAUCAGUGGCUAGAGGUGCUCUGAAUUUACAGAAUCUACAUAUAAAAGAUUGUCAAUCAAUGGAAAAAGUGAUCAUAGAAGAGAAAGAACAAGGAGAAGGAAUCAUGACCUUAUUUCCUCGACUGGAAGUGUUGAAGCUUUGCAAGCUGCCUAAGUUGGGGCAUUUCUUUCUGACGGAGUGUACUUUUGAAUUUCCAUUUCUCAGAGAAGUGAUGAUUAUUGAUUGUCCUGAAAUGAAUACGUUUGUCCAACAUGGAAUAUUUAUGAGUACACCGAGUCUCGAAAGUGUGAACAAUGAUGAUGAUGUGAAAGCAGUUGAUCUCAAUAAAGUCAUGUUCAAUUCUAAGGUUUCUUGUCCCAGCUUGAAAAACCUAUCUAUCAUUAGGGCUAACAGCAUAACUUCUCUAUUCUCUCGCCAACUUCCAAUUGCGCCAUACUUCAGCAAACUUGAAAAAUUUGAAGUAAAGAGCUGUGGAAAAUUGAGAAGCUUGAUGUCUCUAACAGUAGCCAGAGGUGUUUUGAAUCUCCGAAUACUAAAGAUAGAUGGUUGUGAAUCAAUGGAAGAAGUGAUCACAAAAGAGGAACAACAACAAGGAGAUGGAAUAAUGAACUUAUUUCCCUUGUUGGAAGAGCUGGAGCUUUGCAGGUUGCCUAAGCUGGGGCAUUUCUUUCUGACGGAGUGUACUCUCGAAUUUCCAUUUCUCAGAGAAGUGAAGAUUGAUGACUGCCCUGAAAUGAAUACGUUUCCCCAACAAAGAAUAUCCGUCAGUACACCGUGUCUCGAAAGUGUGAACAAUGAUUAUGAGGUGAAAGUAGUUGGAUUUGUACUUUUUAGCUAUAUUGAACAUUCGCAGGUUUCUUGUCCCAGCUUGGAAGAGCUAUCUAUCUUUAGUGCUGACAGCAUAAGUUCUCUAUUCUCUCACCAACUUCCAUACUUCAGCAAACUUCAAAGAUUGGAUGUACAGAAUUGUGUAAAAUUAAGAAACUUGAUGUCUCCAUUAGUGGUCAGAGGCUUUCUGAAUCUCCGGACACUAAUAAUAGAAAAUUGUGAGUCAAUGGAAGAAGUGAUCACAGAAGAGGAACACCAAGGAGAAGAAAUGACUAAUGAGCCCUUAUUUCCGCUAUUGGAAAAGCUGAUUCUUCACAAGCUGCCUAAGCUGGGGCAUUUCUUUCUGACCAAGCAUGCUCUUAAAUUUCCAUUCCUCAAACUAGUGAUCAUUUUUGAGUGCCCUAAAAUGAAGACGUUUGUCCAACAGAGAGUAUAUACGGGUACAGCGAGUCUCAUUAGUGUGAACAAUGAUGAUGAGGUGAAAGUAGUUGAUCUCAAUAAAGCAAUGUUCAAUUAUAAGGUUUCUUGUCCCAACUUGAAAAAGUUAUACAUCAAUGGGGCUAACAGCAUAAGUGCUCUAUGUUGUCACCAACUUCCAACUGCCUACUUCAGCAAACUUGUAAAAUUGGAAGUAACGAGUUGCGAAAAAUUGAGAAACUUGAUGUCUCCAUCAGUGGCCAGAGGUGCUUUGAAUCUCCAAAUACUAAAGAUAGGAUAUUGUCAGUCAAUGGAAGAAGUGAUCACAGUAGAGGAGCAACAAGGAGAAGGAAUCAUGACCUUAUUUCCCCUCUUGGCAGAGCUGGAGCUUAGGAGGCUGCCUAAGAUGGGGCAUUUCUUUCUGACAGAGCAUGCUCUUACAUUUCCAUUUCUCAGAAAAAUGAAGAUAGAUGACUGCCCUGAAAUGAAGACGUUUGUCCAACAGGGAAUAUCUGUGAGUACACCGAUUCUCAAAUGGGUGAACUUUGCUAAGGAGGUGAAAGUAGAUGAUCUCAAUAAAUGGACACAAGAGAUGUUCAAUUCUCAGGAACAAUCUGAAGCUAGUGAAGCUACCAAUGGCGAUGAAUCUGAAGCUAGUGAUGACGAUGAAUCUAAAGCUACCAAUGGUGAUGAAUCUGAAGCUACCGAGUCUCGAAAGGGUGAACCAUGAUUUUGGUGUGAUAACAACAAAGCCAAAUCUAGUGAUGGCAGAAGUUAGUGAUUCAGUCUAUGAAUCCAAAGCUGGCAAGGAAGGUAAUGAGUAUUCCAUGAAUUAGUCCAAGUUAGAUCGAACAUCACCUAAUACCUACACCGUUGUUUGUUGAUUUUUGCAAGAAGGGGCAGAUCUUGAAGAAGCAGCGCAAGUAAAAUGCUCGCGAUGGAGGUAACAAGUAGAGGGGGAUCAAUAUUAUAAUCCAUGGAUUCACUUGAACCCAACAGUUUUUGCCAAAAGACUUUGUAUUUGUAUCAGUAAUUUCUUUAAUUAGAAACUCUUUGAUCAUGCGGAGGGUGUAAACUGUAAAGCAUCCCAAAUUAGAAAUUCUUUAAUUAAAAUUCUUGCCUCAGAGCUCCAAGCAUUGUCUGCUCAAGUCUGUUGCCAUGGUUCCUAUGUCAGCUUGCACACAUGUUGGUGGAUUCCACAGUCUAUCAAAUUGAAGUUUGUUUAUUGUCCG